AUUCGCCGCUGCUCCCUCAGCUAGGUCAGGUGUUAGUCUUGCAGCUACGGGCGCUUUGUAUUUGUGGAAUUGACUGUAUUUAGUGAGCGGACAAAUACAGCCGCGGCCAUGCUCAGGCGGAUACUUCAAAUGACUCCUGGAAAGGGAGGCUCCCAGAAUGCAGAGUCGGAGCAGCCAAGCACAGACCUUAACCACGACCAGACGUCUGAGGGCUUCAUCUGUCCUCAGUGCAUGAAGUCUCAUAACUCUGCAGAGGAGCUCUUCAAGCACUAUGAGCUGUUCCAUGAUACUGGAGACCUCCCAGCUCACAUGGCGCCCACUCGGGAAGACCUCACAAUGCUGCGGCAAGAAGUUCAGGACCUGCAUGCCUCUCUAAAGGAGGAAAGGUGGUUCUCUGGAGAACUCAAGAAGGAGUUGGACAAAGUCCAAGGACAUCUGAAGCAAAAUGAUGGGCAGACCUCAGAGGAUUUAGCCCUUGAAAAGAAGUUAAAUGAAGCAGAGACAGAAAAGUUCAACAUCAAACAGAUGAAAGACCUGUUUGAGCAGAAGGCUGCCCAGCUGGCCACAGAGAUAGUAGAUUUAAAGUCCCGAUAUGAUGAGGAGAAGAGCUUAAGGGAGGCAGCUGACCAGAGGCUGACAAAACUGACUGAACAACUGCAGAAUGAGAAGCAGGAGAAUGAGAGACUCCAAACAGAGCUGCUGCAGCGACCAGGAGUGGAGGAUGUGGACGUCCUGAAGACAGAGCUGGUGCAGGUGCAGACGUUGAUGGAUCAGAUGACACGUGAGAGGGAGGAUGAGUCUGAAUGCCUCAGGAACCACUAUGAGCAACUGCAGGCCAAUUACACCACCGCAGAGAUCCGUAAACUGGAGAUGACCAUAUCACAACUGAAAGCAGAGCUGGAGAAGGGUCCUCAAGAAGCAGCUGUCUACACCCAAGAGAUCCACCAGCUGCAGAGCAAUCUGAAUAAUUUGCAGCAGCAAAGCCAGAGCCUGUCCGAAAAACUGUUACGUAAGGAGAAGGAAUAUCAGGUGCUGGAGGAGAGUCUGGGUGCUGAGAAAGCUGCCAAGAAGGAAGUUCAAGACAGCCUGAGGGAGAGGGAGCUGGAAGUCCAGGAGCUCCAAGCUCGGGUCUCAGGGACAGAGACUUCCCUGCAAAAGAGACAGUCAGAGCUUGGAGAGAGGACUGAGGAGGUAGCAAAGCUGAGGAGCGAGAUUAACGAGCUUGAGGUGAAACAUGCAGAGCUGAAGGUCGAGAGGAAACAACUUGAACAGCAAAGGGAAGAAAAAGAGAGCAAGGGCGCUCAGCAGCAGUCUGAGAUCAGUCAGCUUCAUGCCAAACUGCUGGAGGCAGAGAGACAGCUGGGAGAAGUGCAAGGUCGUCUGAAAGAACAGAGGCAGCUCUCUGGGGAGAAACUCAAAGAUCGUGAACAGCAGGCGGCCGACCUGCAGCUAAAACUGUCACGUGCAGAAGAACAGUUGAAGGAGGGCACCAGUAAGAGCACAGACUUGCAGCACCAGCUCGAGAAAGCAAAGCAGCAGCACCAGGAGCUUCAGGCGCUGCAGCAAAACACCAAUGGCAAACUCCGCGAGGCACAGAAUGACUUGGAGCAAGUGCUGCGUCAGAUUGGUGAUAAGGACCAGAAGAUCCAGAACCUGGAGGCUCUGUUGCAGAAGAGCAAAGACAUUGUGAGCCAACUGGAAGCUGAGAGAGAAGACUUGUGUGCUAAGAUCCAAGCUGGCGAGGGGGAGACGGCUGUACUUAAACAGCUUAAAGAGAAAAACCAUGCACUACAAGAACAGGUGACACAGUUGACAGACAAACUAAGGAACCAGUCGGAGAGCAACAAGCAAGCUCAGGAUAAUCUACAUGAGCAGGUACAGGAGCAGAAGACGCUGCUGCGUUCGGCCCAGGACCGAGCCCUCACCCUGGAGACGUCAGUCUCUGAACUCACCACUCAGCUCACAGACAGCAAGGAGAAAGUUGGCCAGCUAGACACUCAGCUGAAGGCAAAGACAGAGAUGCUGCUCUCUGCAGAGGCAGCAAAGGCUGCACAGAAGGCCAACCUGGAGAACAGCCUGGAGACUGCCCAGCAUGCACUGCAGGACAAGCAGCAGGAGCUGAACAAAGUUCAGAAGAAGGUGGACGAGCAAGCUCAAAGGCUGAAGGAGAGACACGAGCAGUGCACACAGCUGGAAACCUGUCUGAAGGAAUGCAAAGACAAACUUCUGGCCUCAGAGCAGCGCGUUGAGCAGGUCGAAGGUCUUAAUAAGAAACUGGAGUCGCAGGUUGGGGAAUUGCAGGCCGCUCGAGACCAGGUGCAGCAGGAGGUGCAGAAGUUGCAGAAGGAAGGGGCGGAGAUUAAACGGAGAGCUAAGGAGCUGCAUCGUUCGCUAGAAACAGAGAAAACCGGGUCUGCAGCACUACAGGAGGACUUAAAGAAGAAGACGGCGGCUUUAAAUGACAUCCAGCAGCAGUUGGAGCACUGCGAGCAAGAUAAAGCUGUUCUGAAGGUGAAUCUGGACAAGGUGACUCAAGAGGGGAAGACUCAGCAUGCAGAGCUGGACAGGAAAGCCCAGGGUCUGGCAGCAGACCUAAAAAAGACUCAACAGGAGAAAGAAGCUCAAAAGAAGGAGCUUAUCUCGACUCAGGAGAGCCUGGGAAAGGCUAACAAGGCACUGAAAGAGAAUCAGAGUCAACUGGACACAGAAAGGAAGAGCCAUAAGUCAGCCAUGGAGGAAAAGGAAAAGUCCAACGAGAAGGCCCGACAGGAACUUCAAAAGAAUAAUGAGACCAGUACAAAAUCACUGGAAGAUACAAAACAGCAGUUAAAGCAGAUUAAAGAGGUGGAGAAGAAGCUGAAAGGACAGCUGAGCUCAUUAGAGCAGAAGCACUCAAAGACUCAGGAGGCACUAAAGGAAAGGGAGAAUGAGUUGGAGAAGCUGCAGGCACAGCUGAAGACAACUCAGGGGUCCUUUGAAGAGGAGCAGAAGAAACUGAAGGGACAAGUGACAGAGUUACAGGAAGUCGGUGUCAAGAAGGCAGAGGAGGAGAGUAAACUGAGGGCCCAGAUGUCCGAGCUCAGCAAGGAGCUGAGCUCUGAAAAGACCCAGACUGCAGAGCUGCAGAAGACCUUGGUGCAAAGUCAGGAAAAUUUCACUAAACUUCAGUCUGACUUCUACGGGAAAGAGUCAGAAGUUUCUGCUCUGCGUCAAGACCUCAAGGCUUCAGAAGAAAAGCUGAGCUUAGCACAGGAGGAGUUGGCUGCUAACCACACCCAUCAGACAGGUUUGGAGGCUCAGAUCCAGGAACUGAAGACGAGCCUCGGCUCAUUGGAGCAGAAGCUCACUAAACGAGAGCAGAAGCACCAGCAGCAGGAGCAAACACUGAAAGAGCUACAGAAGCAACAGAAUCACAUUAAGGAGGAACUGGGGAAGGAGAAGAGCAAAGUGGAAGAGCUGAACACAGCCAAGAGUGUCCUGGAAAAGAAUAACAACAAGUUAACAUCGGAUUUAAAAGCACGAACAGAGAAGAGUGAAAAGGAGCUGGGUGACCUGCAGGAAGCCAAACAAAUGUUGAUCCAGCAGAAGCUGGAGCUGCAGGGUCAGGUGGAAGCUGCUCAGGCUGCGCUGGACAAAGAGCAGAAAGAGCACCAGGCCACCAGGGACAGCAGGAGCCACAGAGAGGAGCAGCUCCAUGCCCAAAACAAGAAAGUCCAGGAUCAGCUGGCAGCAGAGAAAAGAGCCAAAGAGGAGCAGGUGAAGCUCGGGGAGGAGGCUGAAGCUAAGCUGGGUUUGCAGCUGACGGCUCUGAACGAGAAUGUGGCCACGAUGAAGCGUGAGUGGCAGGGCAGCCAGAGGAGAGUGGGUGAGCUGGAGAAGCAGACGGAUGAGCUGAGAGGAGAAAUCGCUGUGCUGGAGGCCACAGUACAGAACAACCAGGAUGAGAGACGCGCUCUUUUGGAAAGGUGUGUGAAGGGUGAGGGUGAGAUGGAGAAACUGCAGGCCAAGAUGGUGGAGCUGAGGAGGAAGCUGGACGAUACGACAGCAGCCAUGCAGGAGCUGGGCAGAGAGAACCAGUCGCUCCAGAUCAAGCAGUCGCAGAGUCUGACCAGGAAGUGGACUGAGGAUAACGAAGUGCAGAACUGCAUGGCGUGUGGGAAAGGUUUUACUGUCACUGUCAGGAAGCACCACUGCAGACAUUGUGGAAAUAUCUUCUGUGCCGAGUGUUCGUCAAGGAACGCCCGAACGCCGUCCUCCAAAAAACCAGUACGGGUGUGUGAGACAUGCUUCGAGGAGCUCCAAGGCUGACUUCCCACUCCUCCCUUCUCCUAAAACCAACACUCCCACCUCCCCCCAAUGCUCCCCCCCCUCCCUCUCCUACUCCAGCGAGCAGAAGGAGCGUCUUUGUCAUAUUUAGCGUGCACUAUAAAGGACAGACCCCAGUCCAGCCAGUGGCUCUGGUGUGGAGGGAAAUAAUGGCAGAGACACAGAGAGCCCACGUGACAGGAGGAGGAGGAGGAGGAGGAGGAGGAGGGGGAGGAGGUGGUUGGGGAUUGGUCAGGAUUGUCUGUAUCUGUUUUUGUGCCUUUGCUGCUCCUGUGGACUGCCAGAGAGCAGAGACAGUGAGAACCACGCACCAUCUAUCUCUUUGAGUUUGUGUUCACAUCUCUUAUCAUUGUUUGGUGUCAUUCAGUGGCUGCUUUGUGAAACGUCUGUUGUCAGGAGAGCAAGAGGAGAAGAAGAAGAAGAAGAAGGUCGGUGUGACAGUGCGAGAGUGAAGAGAGUGAAGGAUGGGGAAGUAACCUUUUUUGAUAGUAGCCCUGUUCAGACCUGGUCUUAGUGUCCGUCCUGGUCUAAUCCGAUGUGGGUAGCACUAAGUACGACUGUUCACAGCUGGCAGUAAAAUGUGUCCUGGAUGUGUUUUCAGUGACCACGUGAGAUUAGAUUUGGCUUCUCACGUCCCUUCAUGGAUGUCAUCACUCUUCAUGUGAGUGAUGUGUUUGUUUGAGAGUGAUGGACUGUUGAUGGCGACCUGUCCAGGGUGUACCCGCAUGUUGCCCUCUGUCAGCUGGGAUUGACUCCAGCUCCCCGCGACCCUCAUGUGGAGGAUAAAGUGUUGGACAAUGAAUGACGAUACAGAUGUGUUUGUGGCUCUCAGGGUUCCCACGGGUCCUUGAAAUACUUGAACGUUUGAAAUUUCAAAGCCCUUGAAAGCAAGAAAGAAGUCCAGUUGGUAUUUAGGUAAAAGUCUCCCUGGUUUGUUAUGACACCACCUACUGUUUCACGCCCUGCGAGGCGCUGUCCACUCUCUCUCUCCGCCCGCUGACGUGAGAUUCCAUGUAGAACAGUGAGCGAGUAAAGUUGAGCAAGAGAGCGUAAAUGAUGACGUGAUGCAAAAUCCAAGAUCUCUGUCUCACCAAAACUGACUCCCAGGACAAGCACUUGUCCAGAUGCAGAGCAACUCGAUGAAAUUGGACGAAGAAAAGUGGCGAGGCGGCUCUUACAAGUUUCCCUCCCUUACAAAUUUCCAUUCGAUCCUUGAAUUUGAAGCAAUCGGUCCUGGAAAGUCCUAGAAUUUGUUGUCAACCAAAGGUGUGGGAACCCUGGUGUGUGUGUGUGUGUGUGUGUUUGUUUUAACCCUUGGAUUAAUCAUAUAAUAGUCAGAGUUCAUACAUGAAGCUGCCACAGGUCAGACGACAUCAACUGAAGAAGCGGUCUCUAAUCUGUCCUGAAGACAGAUUACAGCUCAGGAAUGUGGACACAUGAGGACAAUAAUGUGCAGAUGUGAUCAUUAUGGGAUGGGUGAGGUGUUAGUACCAGGUCUGAACGUGGUCAGUGAUGUUGAAAAUCACUGCUGCCUAACAAAGGUUAAAUGCAGGUAACUUAUUUUCCCCCCAUCUGUAAAUCUAACGUAACGACACAUUUGUUCCUCUCCAUAACUCGGUGUAUACAUCAAAUAGAUCUAAAAAAAAAAAGAAAGAAAAGAAAAGUUUUUUAUAACCAAGGAAGAGAAACUUAGUAUUAAAAAUAUUUUUGUAAAUUCCUCAGCUUUUAGCUCUUUAGCUGAUAGAGUGCGUUUAAAGCCUGUCGUGUGGAUGCAGUUGUGUUUCUGAAGCCAGCGUUUAAACUGUCAACAGCGAAACUUUAAGACUCACGACCAGAACCUGUCACUUUAACAGCCGACGUUAGAGUUAGGAUUUCUUAGAGCUGCAUUCUGUUGUGUAACUUAACGUGGUUCCAUGUCGUUAAUGUUGUGUUUGUGGGAAGAACUCACCUAAUGGAGCGGUUUUUAUUUUUGGAUUAUGAAUCUCCAACUGUAAAAAAAAGAAAAAAAGAGCGAUUUUAACAUUUCACUUCAUCCUUCAGUUGAUGCACCGGCGAUGGUUUGUACGUCAGUUACUGCAUGUUUCCUUUGUGCGGCAGCGUGUUCAUGUGCACGUGUUCAGCCUAUUUCAUGACCAAAGAAUGUCUGCAGCAGGAAUAACAGACCAGACGAACGCCCCUGGCUUUGUUUUUUCAUAUUUCAGUAUUUUUCUAAGCGUCUCUUUUGGCGGCUUUUCGAGUUUUAAAUCAUCACAGGGUCGCACAUUUUUACCUGGAACAGACGUGUGACGAUCUGAGAGGCUUGUUUUAUAUCAAGAUUUUUGUUGAUUUUUGUUUUUUAAUUUUGGUGCUUUCUGCGGCCUGUCGAUGCGUCAUUGACUGUGUCUGUGUUUUAUUUAGUGUGUGUUUUGUUUUUUCCCAUUGCUGCUUGUAUCAUCCAUAAAAAAGCACUGACUGCUGCUCAUACUCUGUGUGUGUGUGUGUGUGUAUGUGUGUGUGUGCGUGUGUGUGCGCGUCUGCUGAGCUGCACAGUGUGUGUGUGUGUGUUUGGAUGUGUGCGAGGAUGUUGGUGCUGCGUUCAGGUGCAGCCGUUCAUGUCUCCUCUCUGCCUGCAGCUGAGAACACUGGGUCCCUCAGUCUGGGUCAGGACUCACUGUCCUGCGUGUUUUAGAGCAGAUGUCUCAAACCUGCCACUCAGUAUCGUUAUGAUUUUAUCGAUUCAUUUACAUCCUAAAUUGUUGUUGUUUUUAUUGUAAACAAGAUGUAGUUCUAAAUCAAAACAAACACUUUUAUUGUGAAAUGAUGUGGAAUACAUUACAUGACGGAACAUCAAGAUACAAUUUUUAAGCUCAUAACCCCGCCCCCCCCCCAACUGGACAGCUGUUUUUUAUUUCCCAAAAACCAGACUUCACAUGAGCUUGAGACGGUGUUUUAGACGGUUUUCCGUGCUCCAACACACCUGAUUCGAAUGGAUGAGCUCGAUGAUGAGCUGAAACAUCUGAAACAUGCAGGGCAGUGAGUCCUGAGGACCAGGGACUGAGAAACACUGCUGUAAAAACUCAUUCCUGCUUUGUUUAAGUUUCUACUAGUUGACAGAUAUUGGGAAGAUCUUUUGUGCAAUUGUCUCCAGACUGGAGCGAGGGGUUAACACUGAAAGCCAGGUGACAGUGCAGUGCUGUUCUGACACUUUUCUUUUGCGAGCUUGUUUCAGACUCGGGCUAAACCAAAGUAGCUCGAUUAUGCUUCACCAUCUCUGUUGCAAACUUGCAGAUACAGCCGUCUCUUUAUUGUUUGUUUGUUUUUCCACUGCAUUAGUUUUGUUAUGUCUACCUCAGAUUGGCACAGGAAAAGCACUAUUACCAAACCUUAGAUGUCACAUGCGUUGUAAAAAAAAAAAAAAAAUCACCUGCAUUUGAUCAAGAAUUUGAAGUUGUACAGUCGCUUAAACCUGUAGAGAUGAUUUGCACCUUAAUCUAAUCUGGGCUCCUCCCUAUGGGAACCCAGCCUCAAAUGUAGGACCACCAAUUUUAUUCAGGCUUGAGCUUUUCUACCCCACAUCUCUUUAACUUGGCAUCCACACAAAGUCUGUCAAAAUGAUCUUUGUAAAUGUUUGUAAUGAAAGAGAAAAACGGAAAUCUAGAACACGGUGCGUGUGUUGGAUUCUCCGGCGUCUUAACUCGUCUUUACAGACAUGUAGACGGUGAACCGUGGCUUCGCUUGGCGUCGUUUUCAGUUAUCAUGCAUGAUGACUUUUACUGGCUCGUGUUCUCUCCAUGUUUUGGAGUCAGAUGUGGUGAUUGUGAAGGUGUGCCUUAGGCCGACAUCGUGGACGUCGCCGCUCCGCUGGUGUAUUUACCGGCGAGUGGCGGUGAGUUCAGUUCACCUGAAGGGACGAGAUCAUCUUUAUUUAUGUUCACAUGUACCAGUUGAUUUUCUAAUAUUGUCAUGACAAAACCUAAAUAAAACCCACAGUAUGUUUCUA